CCUUGAACGCAUGGGGAUGAAAUUUGUACACGAGCACGAGAAAGUAACAAAAUGGCAAACUUGCUCGAUAUAAAACGCGUCUUACUUUGCGAUAACGUGAAUCCUUGCUGUAAAGAAAUACUAGAAGCUAAUGGAAUCACCGCAGAUGUAAAAAACAAGUUAACGAAAGAAGAAUUACUUGUGGAAAUUCAGAAUUAUGACGGUCUUGUGGUCCGUUCGGCGACUAAAGUCACUGAAGAUGUCAUUAAAGCUGGCAAGAGGUUGAAGAUAGUUGGUCGAGCCGGUACAGGAGUUGAUAACAUCGACUCAACAAGUGCAGCUUUAAACGGCGUUCUGGUGAUGAAUACACCAAUGGGGAAUACACUUAGUGCUGCAGAGCACACUUGUGCUUUAAUUUGUUGUUUAUCCAGACAUGUAGCACAGUCAGUUGCUUCACUGAAGGAAGGAAAGUGGGAUAGAAAAAAGUAUAUGGGCAAUGAGCUGUUCAAUAAGACCCUGGGAAUCAUUGGACUUGGAAGAAUUGGGAGAGAAGUUGCACUAAGGAUGCAGUCAUUUGGAAUGAAGACGAUUGGAUAUGAUCCUUUGGUAUCAGCACAGGAGGCUAAAGAGUUCAACACUGAAUGGAUGGAGCCAAGUGAAAUAUGGCCAAAGGCAGACUAUAUUACUGUUCAUGUUCCACUUAUUCCUCCCACUAAAGGCAUGCUGAAUAACAAAACAAUAGCAGAGUGCAAGAAAGGUGUAUAUCUACUGAAUGUUGCAAGAGGGGGGAUUAUUGAUGAGGAUGCUCUACUAAGAGGUCUCGAGUCAGGUCAUGUUGGAGGUGCUGGUCUUGAUGUUUUUGUUACUGAACCACCAACAGGCACUUCUGCUCUUCUUGCACAACAUCCAAAAGUUGUAGGGACUCCACAUUUGGGUGCCAACACUGUGGAAGCCCAAAAGAGAGUCGCAAAGGAGAUUGCUGAACAGUUCGUAGAUGCUGCUCAAGGGAAAAGGCUCAAUGGCAUUGUCAAUGUACCAUUUGAUUUAUGUGAAGCUCUCAAACCUUCAUCUCUGGUGUCCCUUGGUGAAGGUCUGGGUAAAGUUGCUGCAGCACUUGUUGGAGGCAAUGUCACAAAGAUAAAUGUCACAUCUCACGGACAAGAGUUGAAAUCUCACCGCUACCUUGCAGCAGCUGUGUGUAUGGGAGUAAUGUCAAACACUGGUAUGAACCUUAUUAAUGCUAUGGGACUUGCCAAAGCUGCAGGGAUUGAGGUAAAAACAAGCCAUGAUAAUGAGGCAACAGGACAGUAUCCUACAGGCUUGUCAGUCAGCAUYCAAGGCAAGAAYGGUGGAGCUAACAUCACUGGCAGUACUAUUGGCCAAAAYCUCCCCAUCUUGUUUAAAUACAACAACCUCACRUUUAGCAGUCCUGUAMCUCUUACCAACAAACURUUAUUAAUUUGUCGCAAAUCCAAUGCAAUGGAACUGUUGYCUAAUCUUUUACCUAAAAUUGAUUCCAAAAGYGUUGAGGGUUUUGUAACRGCCAGUAACGGGCAAGAUAGCAUUUGUAUUCUGAGUGCUUGUUCUCAAGUGAGCCCUGAAAUAGACUCUGAAUUUGUUGGUGUUAGAGUGUGAGUAGGUAUUAACAGUACACUACCAUCAAUAAUAUAUGAAUUAUAUGAACUUUAUGCAACAACCAAUGUAUGCAAAGAGAUUUUAGAAAGUCACACAACUUAGAGAUAUGAGUACUGCUUAUCUGUAAUUAAGAAAUAGCUUAAUUCAUUUUCAUUUCUGGUGAAUCACUCAAUAAAGGCUUUGAAAGGA